AUGCGCGGUGACAUCACAUCAGGGCGAGUCCAGACGGCAGCGCAGAUGAAAGAAUCGAGGAGACCGCUGUGUAUCAAAACACUGAUACUAGCUUCAAAUCAUGGAGUAUAUCAGUGACUGAAACAUUCCAAUCUUUUAGACUGAGACAGAGCUUGGAUAACUGGAAAAUCUUUACUGGCAACAUAAAGUGGGAGUGUAAGAGUUACUUACAUUGGUCACUGAAGUAACUGGAUCCAAGAUGGCAGGAAGAGAGCGCAGUCCACGCCACAGGCCAUGGUCUGUGUACCGAGCCAACACAUUUGAUUUGUCCUCUGAGAUGAUGGGGCUGGCGCUAACAGGAAACAGUCAGGAUCCUGAUGAGCCAGUGCUUGAGUUCAGUCUGGCAUGCAGUGAGCUGCUCACUCCAUCGCUGGACCGUAAGCCCAGUAGCUUUGUAGCAGUGAGCUGCACCACCCCUCCACAGGCGUUUUGGACCAAACAUGCACAGACUGAAAUUAUAGAGGGCACUAGUAAUCCAAUCUUCUUGAGCAGCAUUGCCUUCUUCCAGGAAUCUCUGAUUACCCAGCAGACUCAAGUCAAACUGUCUGUCUACGAUGUGAAGGACCGCUCACAGGGGACUAUGUACCUGCUCGGUUCGGCUAUGUUUACAGUGAAAGAGCUGCUUCAAGACAAACACCACAGGCUACACCUCACUCUGCAAUCAGCAGAGAGCGAGCGGAUGGGUAACAUUACCAUCAUCGCAUGGCAGAUAGAGGAGAGUAGAGACCAGCGAGCUCCUCUGGCACGUUCAGACACAGUUAAUGGCAGGAUGGUAUUACCUGUGGAUGAAAGUCUGACCGAAUCCAUGGGAGUAAAAGCUAAAUCACCUUCCCUAUGUAAAGACCCUCUUUUAAAGGCAGUGUUUGGAGGCACUAUUUCACGGAUGUACCGAUUUCCCACGACUGAUGGAAACCACCUGCGUGUCCUGGAGCAGAUGGCAGAGAGCGUGCUCUCCCUGCACAUACCAAGACAGUUCGUCAAACUACUUUUGGAGGAAGAUGCUGCCAGGGUGUGUGAGCUGGAGGAGUUGGGUGAGUUGUCCCCCUGCUGGGAGAAUCUGAGGAGACAGAUCAUCACUCAGUACCAGACUAUCAUCCUCACCUAUCAGGAGACUCUCAGUAACUUACAUGAAUACAAGGGUCCUUCCUUCAAAUCUAGCACCCUGAAAGGAGAGAAGAAACUAGAGUUUAUACCUACAAACCUCCACGUUCAGAGGAUGAGGGUGCAGGGCGAGUCCGGCUACGAUCGACCAUAUGAUGUGGUGACCACAGGGGCCCCUGCUGCACAUCAUCAGGGCUUUAAGGGCAGUGGAUUGAGGAAACUCAUUCAGAAAUUUGAGGAAGCCAAAAAGCAUGCCGGGGAAUCUGCUCCUCUUUCUAUGCGGUACCAGCCACAGGAUGUGUUGAAAGCUAAAGAAAUAAUUUCCCAUAUCAACACUCUGAAGACGCAGGUCAGCUACUACACUGAGCGGCUGUCCCGCGCUGCCAAAGAACACUCAACCAAUGCAUUGGAAAGGACCCUCGCUAUCCUCAUAGAAAAGACACGGCAGCUGGUGACAGUGUGUGACAGUAAGCUGCUAACUACAGCUAUCCAGGCACUGAGUGCUGCCCGCCCAGAGUUCAUCACCUCCAGAGGCUCUCCGUCCACCCACAACACUGAGCGUGUGGUCUUGAGGAACGACCAGGGCUCUCCACAGGCCAAGUGGAGCGGGAAAGGGAACAGAGCAUCCAUGAACCUAAACUGGCAGGAGGAGGAGUGGGAAAAGAUCCGGCUGAAUGUGGAUAAGAGUCUGGAGUGUGUGAUCCGCUGUGUGGACAGACUGCUGACGAGAGAGCGCUUGCAGAGCGACAGCAGUGAAGACGUCUUCAUGUCUGACCAGCAGGCCGACACCAGCAAGAGAGGUAGCCAGGGCAAUGCAUUCUGGAUCAACCCUGGUGACGGUUCCUCCACCCCCCUGACCUCAUCACACCCUCUUUCAGCUCAGUCCUCAUCACCCUUAUUGAACCCUGCAUGUCCAUCCAGUCCUAACACUCUCUCCUAUGGUAGUCCCAGUGUUGAAGGCUUCUCUCCUGGUGAAUGGAGUGAAGCUCUGUAUCCCCUCCUGACCACUCUGAAUGAGUGUGUAGCAAUGAUGAGCGACAAAGCCAAGAAGUCCAUGGUGUUUCUCCUGAUGCAAGACAGCGCUCCCACUAUCGGCAUGAGUUUGUCACUACAGUACCGCAGAGAUGUGGUUUUCUGUCAGACACUGACGGCCCUGAUCUGUGGGUUUGUGGUAAAGCUGAGGAACUGUCUCAGUGACAGCGGCUUCCUCAGACAACUCCACACUAUCGGUUUACUGGUCCAGUUUGAGGGGCUCCUGAGCACCUAUGGGGAGGAACUCGCCAUGCUGGAAGACAUGAGUGUAGGAGUCAUGGACCUCCGGAAUGUCACCUUUAAAGUGACCCAGGCGACCUCCAGCUUCAGCCCCGACAUGCUGCCUGUCAUCACGGGCAACAGAGAUGGGUUUAACGUGCGUGUCCCUUUACCGGGGCUGAUGUUUGAUGUGUUGCCACGGGAGAUCCAAAAUGGGAUGCUGCUGCGAGUUCAACCGGUAUUAUUCAACGUAGGAAUCAAUGAGCAGCAAACGCUAGCGGAAAAGUUUGGGGACACAUCACUGCAGGAAGUAGUGAAUAUGGAAAGUCUAGCUCGUCUUACCUCCUAUUAUGACCAGUUUAAAGAAGUGCUACCUGAAGACUGUCUGCCCCGCUCUCGCAGUCAGAACUGUGUGCCUGAGCUACUCAAGUUCCUCAGUCAAAAUGUUAAUGCCAGGAAGAGCAAGAAUGUGGACAUCCUGUUGCAGGCAGCAGAGGUUUGUCGGCGUCUGAAUGGUGUGCGUGUGACCAGCUGCAAGAGUGCAAAGGAUCGUACGGCCAUGUCAGUGACCCUGGAGCAAUGUCAAAUCCUCCAGCAAGAGCACUGCAUGGCCCCGCAGGUCUUCACACAGGCUUUGGACUGUAUGCGCAGCGAGGGCUGCAGGCGAGAAAACACCAUGAAAAACGUAGGCAGCCGCAAAUACGCUUUCAACUCCCUCCAGCUGAAGACUUUCCCUAAACAGUACAGACCCCCAGAGGGCACCUUCGGGAAAGUGGAAACUUGAGCUGAAAGCAG